CAGUACUAAUUGAACUCUCGAUGAAUGUGGAACUGGAACUGCCGUAUAUUUUAAGUGUUUUUUCGUUCCGCGUACUCACACGCACCCGCUCGAUUUUAUGAAACGAAUGCGUGAGUGUGUUGUGUGUCUAUUGUUUUUCCAUUGUUUAUUUGCAAAAGUAAAAACACAGCAACCUAAAUUAAACGGAAUACGGAAGUGUGGUGUAUUAAUGACAUGAGUUCACCACGAGAUUAUACUUGGAAAACAAUGCAGAGCCGCAGAGUUGCGAUAACAAUGUUAGCGCAUAAUAUGUAAUAUAACCUAAAAUAAUUAUUGAUGCUUGAAUUACAAACAGUAUGUGUUAAACACGACAGGUUAGCUGCAACAGCUGAUAUUAGCGGACCUUUCACGAAAGUGUCGCUGGCUGUAUUUAAGAGUCCAUAAAUAAAAAAAAUUAAAAAAAAAAAAAAAAAGAAAAAAGGAAAAAAACAAACCAAACAAACAAACAAACAAACAACAAACAAACGAACAAAUGUCUAUGUUUUCUUGCAUUUCGAAUUUUCCCAUCAUACUUAGGAAUAGCAAAGAAGAUUAUAAGUGUCGCUAGCUAAUGCAAAAAAGCAUCAACAAAUAUGAAUUUCUAUUUUUGAAAAAAUAAGUGUGAAUAUGAAAGAUGUUAAAUGAAAUUACAAUGCAUAAUUAAAGAGUUGCCGUUAUUGUUAAAAGUGCAAAAGCAAGAAAGAAAUUUUAAACUUUGGUGAUAUUUUAACACACCGUGCUUGCCGUGCUUUAAUAUGUGAAUUGAGAGAAGAAGCUUGUGAAUCUGCCGGGUACGAUUGUUGCACUUAACAUUAAGACAGUAAGACUAGUUUGCACCGUGGAGACAGCGGGAAGAAUUUAGAUGACUGCUUUUGUUUUGUGUUUGAGUUCAUAAAUUGUGAGUCGAUUUAAAGGCUACUUUUUUGUUUUUUGCUUUCAGCAAAUUAAUAUGAACAAAUAAACGCGUUUUCAGAAAAACGGAACUCAUUCGCAAGUAUACAUAUUCGGAAUACAUAAUCGGAAUUUGCCCGGACGUCUCAUUUGGAUAUUUUAAUGCAAUCAAGCUUCUAAAGCAACAUGUUAACCUGAAGACUAGUUCAACAUUCCAUUAGUUCACCGUCACUGGUGAAACCAACUCGUAAUUAUCCUAAUCAGUAUUAACCGGGAGAUCGCAAAUGGUAUAAAUAUAAAUAUGCAUAUAAAUCUAUAUUAAUAAAUAAGGGAAUUCCAAGUCAAUUGUCGCGUGCAGAAUAUCGUUAGCAGACAGACUUAGGCGUGUGAUAGAAAUUUGUACACUGUUGUCAUUUAAUAUAAAGUCCGUCGUCACUGCAUGAAAUCGGCUUAGUCGUAAAAGAUUGGAAUAUGUGUACUCUAUCGAUGACUUUAUUCAUGCAAGAAUUUUGAGGCCGUAGUGAAAAGUAUUUAGCGGUAAUGGCGCUAACAAAUCGCUCCUCUAGUUUAAUUCCAAUUGUAUUAAGAAUUUUGGGUUCCGCUAUGAAAUUUAAAAAGAAGCUAUUGUUCUUUUGCUGGCUGCUUUUGGGUUUGGUUAAUGUCACUUUAACUAAGUCAUCUAACUCGAAUUCCAAUGAUCCUUGUUAUUAUGAGGGCAAAUCACGUAAAUGUUUACCUAGUUUUGUUAACGCUGCCUAUGGUAAUCCAGUUGUCGCAUCAAGUACUUGCGGUGCUUAUCAACCCGAACGCUAUUGUGAAUUGAAACGCGAUGGUUCAGUCGACGAGUGUCGCAUGUGCGAUAGUUCGCAUAUUGAUAUGCGCUUUUUGUCCAGCGCUCUCACAGAUUUGAACAAUCCGAAUAAUGUGACUUGCUGGCGUUCCGCAGCAGUUCCUGUACCUAAUGACUUGGAUAACGCACCACCCGAUAAUAUAACUUUAACUUUAUCAUUGGGUAAAAAGUACGAGAUAACCUAUGUUAGCUUAUCGUUUUGUCCCAAAUCACCUAAGCCUGAUUCCUUGGCCAUUUAUAAAAGUUCCGAUUUCGGUCAAACUUGGCAACCGUUUCAAUUCUACAGUUCGCAGUGUCAAAAGUUUUACGGCAGACCUGAUCGAGCUAAAAUUAGCAAGUUUAAUGAACAAGAAGCUCGUUGCAUGAAUUCCAAUCAAAACAGCAACGGAAACCGUUUUGCUUUCAAUACAUUGGAAGGUCGACCUUCGGCUAAUGAUUUGGAUGCUUCGUUAGUCUUGCAAGAUUGGGUCACUGCUACCGACAUUCGAGUAAUAUUCCAUCGUCUAGAGCCACCUAAGCAAACAUUAAUUCGUGCUGCUUAUAAUGAGGGCAAAGCGGAUGAUAGUAGUUUUGAUGACGAGUUGACCAGCAGUCAAGAAGAGGAGAAUGAUGAAGAAGAAGAAAAUGAAGAAUAUGAUUAUAAAGCUAAUGAUAAUGACAGUGUAGCGUACGAUGAUGGCUUGGAUGAUUAUAUUGAACCAAAGAAGCACCUUGAAUUGGACGACGAUAUCGAUUUAGAUUAUGCCAAUGAUGGUACCCUGUUAGAUAAGCCUAAACGUUCCAACUAUAAACAUAAACCUCUAACCUAUGAAAAUCUGUACAAAAGUAAACCUUCGGCUCUAACAACUUUAACCACUACAACUAUAGCGGCACCUAUGACAUCUACGAUUUCGACGACCCUUAAAAGUAUUGUGGAUGUGAAACGCCAAAAAUAUCAGCAAAAAACUUCAUCCAUAGACUUUGAUAAGCGCACAUCAAUCCCUAGUGUUGAAGAUUUGUUCGCUAUGUCGCAACAUUACGCCGUUUCCGAUUUUGCGGUCGGCGGUCGUUGUAAAUGCAAUGGCCAUGCCUCCGAAUGUAUAGCUUUUGUUAGUUCUAAUGAUGCUUUGCAAUCUGAUUAUGGGGAUGGCGGUAUAAGCGACACGGGUGAUGAUGGAGCUAAUCUUGGUCGUUCUACAGCUACUAAGGCAGACAUUUCUAUACAUGGCAAACUGACAAUGACGUGCGCAUGUAAGCACAAUACAGCUGGCCCGGAAUGUGAAAGAUGUAAACCCUUUUAUUUUGAUCGGCCAUGGGGACGAGCGACAGACACUGAUGCCAACGAAUGCAAAAUGUGUCAAUGCAAUAGUCAUGCUCGUCGCUGUCGUUUCAAUUUGGAACUUUAUAAACUUUCGGGACGCGUCUCUGGUGGUGUAUGUUACAAUUGCCAACAUGAUACUACUGGUCGAUACUGUCAUUACUGUCGCGAGGGCUUUUACCGUGAUAACACAAAACCGCUCAACCACCGCAAAGUGUGCAAACGCUGUGAUUGUCAUCCUGUUGGCUCGACAGGGAAGACCUGUAACCAUUUAAGUGGUCAAUGUCCGUGCAAAGAAGGGGUAACUGGAUUGACCUGCAACAGAUGCGCUCGAGGCUAUCAACAGACACGCUCACACGUAGCGCCAUGUAUCAAAGUGCCAACAAACCCAAAUGCGAUACAAGCUGAAAGUGCACCGGUCAGUGAAUAUAGAGAGCCCUCCCAAGUAGAGGAAAUGAAAAAAUUUUGCGGUAAAUGUAAAGCAACUCCGAAGAAACUAAAUAUAAAUAAAUUUUGUAUGGAAGAUUAUGCUAUUCUGGCUAAAGUAAUCGGAUAUGAUCGAGCCUCACAGGAUAUUAGCAUUGAGAAAUUUUCAAUAGAACGUCAAAAUGAAAUAUUUAAAUACGAAAUCAAUAUACAAACAAUAUUUAAGCGUAAUGGCAUGACGGGUACAACUAGUUCAAUGCUCGGCCGAGGUCAUAUGAUGUGGUUGGUGCCGCGCAAAAGUCUUGAAUGUCAAUGCCCAAAAAUCAAAUUAAAUAAAUCUUAUUUAAUAUUAGGACGCGAUUCAGAGGCAGCGCCUGGAUAUCUGGCAAUUGGUCCUAGUUCGGUAGUAUUGGAAUGGAAAGAUGAAUGGUCUUUACGUAUGAAACGUUUUCAACGGCGUGCGCGUAAAUGUAGUUGAAUCGAACCGGAAACGGAAUACGUCAAAGCUGAUUUAGAUUUUAUACACUUGAAUCGAUAUAGAUUUUUGUAUAAAUUGUACAGUUUGUUUAAAUUUUUAACAUUCUUUGGUAUUAUGCUAUAAAUAUGUAUAAUGAUG